AUGAUAUCAAUACCAUGGACAUGGCGUCGGUCCAAAACAGCCGCCGAUUACGCCAGUGCCGUGAUCCCCCUUUCCGAGGCCCAUCGCCACAGCCACUCAUACCGGUUACGGUCACAACCCGAACCAGAGGGGCAGCUGGAGGAUGAAGCCUUCGACGAAGACGACGACCCGGACAAGGACGGCGAUGACGGGGACACGACCAUGCUUGUCAUGGCUAAUUCCGCUGCUGAGUAUAGCAUCGAGGGGUUGAGGAGAGAGGUGAGAGCGGGGAAGAAGGGGGGAGAGUGGACUACGUAUGAGAUGAAAUCUAAGCUCAUCAACAAAGCCAUCCAAGAUAUUGGGAUGGGGACGUAUAACUGGCAACUGUUUGUGCUUUGCGGCUUUGGGUGGUUUGCCGAUAAUCUGUGGAUGCAGGGCGUAUCGCUCACCCUCCCUUCCCUCUCAGCCGAGUUUGGCAUCUCAGAGAAAUCUGUGCGCUACACGACAUCAUCGGUGUUUCUGGGGUUGUGCUUCGGGAGCUUCUUCUGGGGUAUCGGGUCCGAUAUGAUGGGCCGACGCAUUGCCUUCAACGUCACGCUCCUCAUCGCUAGUGUGUUCGGUACCGCCACGGCGUAUGCCUCAAGCUGGGGUGGAGUCUCCCUGUUAACCCUCCUCUCGGUUUGGUGGCCAGUUGGGCAGCUCUGUUCGUCCUUAUUCGCCUGGUUUUUUAUCGCCAACUGGCCCGUCGAGCAAGGAUGGCGGUUCUUCGUCUUCACCAUCGGCAUGAUCACCUUCAUCAUGUUUCUCGUCCGCUUCUUCCUCUUCCACAUGUUCGAAUCUCCGAAAUACCUGCUCUCGCGAGGUCGACAGGCCGAAGCAAUUGCUGUCGUGCAGGGCAUAGCGCUCAAAAACGGCAAGAAGACUUGGCUAACCGAAGAGGUCCUGGACGCCGUGGUCGACGACAUUGCCCCGCCAGCCCGGAGACGGCUCUCGACCAGAAACAUCAUCCGAAACAAGCUCGCCUCGUUCUCGGCCGAGCGCAUCCGGCCUCUCUUCAACAGCCGCAAGCUUGGCAUGGCCACCGCCCUGAUCUGGUUCGCCUGGGCCACCAUCGGGAUGGGCUACCCCCUCUUCAACGCCUUCCUCCCCCAAUAUCUCUCACACGGCGGCAACAACGACGGCAACUCGGGUGAUGCCCCCGCCUCGGAAAUCACGGGCGACACCUACCGCAACUACGCCAUUACCAGCAUCGUCGGCGUGCCCGGCAGCCUGCUGGCGGCGUACUCGGUGGACAUGAAGUCCCCGUUCCUGGGCCGGCGCGGCACGCUGGCCAUCUCGACGCUCGUGUCGGCCGUAUUUCUGUUCCUGUUCGUCCAGUUUGGCAAGACGCCCUCGUCGCAGCUGGCCUUCACGUGUGUCGAGGCGUUUGCUCAGAACAUCAUGUACGGCGUCCUGUAUGCUUUUACCCCCGAGGUCUUCCCCGCGCCGGUCCGUGGGGCGGGUACGGGUGUGGCGAGUUUUCUGAACAGGGCUACGGGGUUGCUGGCGCCGAUUAUUGCUGCGACGGUGCCGGGGGAUGGGACGACGACGCCGGUGUAUAUGGCGGCUGCGCUGAUUUUGGCUGCGUUUGUGGGUAUAUGUAUGAUUCCUAUCGAGACACGCGGGCGGCAGAGACUGUAA